AUCUCUCUCCCAUAACAACUAGCCCAGAGGAGAGGGCAAAAAAAAAAAAAAAAUCUUCCAUUAACAGUUCAUCUGCUUUCUUUUUCUUUUCUUUUUCAAAAUUUCGAUUUUCAUAUUUGUAGCUUAUUUAUACGGGAUGAUGAUGAUCUCUUAAAAUCAUCCUAAUUUCACGUUCAUUUUACUUGUUUUACUCCUCUAUGUUUCUCCUAUUUUUUUGUUUUCGACGUAGAAACCAAAUUUAUGGUUUCUUAAGAGCCCAUGUUGUUCGAUUACACAUCUAACAAUAAAAGUCGAUUGGUUCUAGAUGAUAGGAUUCAACAUGAUCUGAAAAUUGAUUGUCGGUUUUGUGAUUGGUUCAUAUGGAAUUGUAUCUGAGCUGUUAGAGAAGCGAAAGUCAAUGUAUUUUAAUUCAAUUCGUUUUCUACAAGUUUUCCCUGAAUCAGACACACCUUCGUUUGAUUUUCUGAUGGCCUGUGAAGAUGCUAAAGAAUCAUUGCUUUCAGAGUUGAGAGAUCAUUAUCGUGUCAAUGGAAACAAGGACAUCCGGAGAAGAAAUAUGUGCAGUGGUACUGCUUCUCCUGCAGAGACCAAUACCCUUGAACAAAAUGAAGUCAAAUGUCCUUUGGCUCCUGAAUGUAUAUUCGAGAAACCCCGAUUCAAUUUCAAGUAUGUGGUUAUGUUGUUGGCUGUCUACCUCGGUGGAGGCACCCUUUGUUUCUUCUUCAUAAGACAUCAGAUCAAGGGCAAAAGAACAAAUGGGAUUCUUGAUGCCAUUUACUUUUCUGUUGUUACAAUGACCACUGUUGGCUAUGGGGACCUUGUUCCAGAUAGCAUAUUAGCAAAACUAUUUGCAUGCAUUUAUGUCUUCACUGGCAUGGCACUUGCUGGUAUAGUUAUUAGUGAGGCAGCUGAUUACAUAGUACAAAAGCAGCAAAUCCUUGUAGUUAGAGCCAUUUACAUGGGUGAAAAACUUGGUCCAAAUGAGGUUCUUAAGGAGGUCGAGACCCACAAAGUUAAAUAUAAAUUAAUAAUGGUGGGUGGCCUUCUUCUGGUGCUUAUUAUGGUAGGAACUCUCUUUUUAUUUAUAGUCGAAGAAUUAAACCUGAUGGAUGCAUUCUAUUGUGUUUGCUCAACCAUUACCACUUUGGGCUAUGGGGAUGAGAGCUUUUCAACCAGAGGAGGUCGUGUUUUUGCCAUUUUCUGGAUACUGAGCAGUACCAUUUGCUUAGCUCAGUUCUUUCUCUACGUUGCUGAAUUAUACACCGCAGAAAGGCAACGAGCUAUGAUGAAACGGGUUCUUUCAAGGGAAUUGACAUUCUCAGAUCUUGAGGCAGCAGAUCUUGAUGGUGAUAAAGUUGUCCGUGCUGCAGAAUUUGUCAUUUAUAAGCUGAAGGAAAUGGGGAAGAUUGACCAAGAGGAUGUUUCAAUUGUGAUGGAGAGCUUUAAGAGAUGUGAUGCCGAUCAAUCUGGGACUUUGACUGAAUCUGAUCUCAUGAAAUCCCAACCGUCCUAAUCUCAGAUCUGACAGUCACCAUCUUUCGCAAAGUUAAAAACUCAGUCUGUAGUUUCUAUAAUUAACUUAAGAAAGGUGCUAAGAUCCUUUCUACUGUACAUUUGUGAAUUAGAUCCCCCAAGACAUAAUACUCAUUUCAUUCUGCUGGAGACUAAUAGCAUGGGCAAGGCUAUAGUUAUCUGUUAGGAAUCAGUUAGCAGCCUGUGUAUGCUUAUGACAGUAUGUGCUCACCAAUUACUUUUCAACUUCGGCAGGAAAACACUGUAUAUUUGUGUCUUA